AUGGCGAUGGGAGAUAUCGAUGUAAUCCUAGGAAUGGAUUGGUUGACCGCGAACUUCACGACGAUUCGUUGUAAGGAGAGACAAAUGUCCCUACAAGCUCUGGGAAAGGAACCCACCAUGUACCGUGGAAUCUCGAGGAACGAGAAGGAGCACGAGGAGAAUCUACGAAUUGCUUUGGAGACUUUGAGGACCGAGAAGCUAUACACCAAAUUCAGCAAGUGUGAAUUUUGGCUGAAAGAAGUUAAAUUUCUUGGACACAUUGUAUCGGCAGAAGGAAUCAGAGUGGACCCCGCCAAAGUUGAAGCCGUGCAACAAUGGAAGUCACCAUCGACACCAAACGAGAUUCAGAGUUUCCUAGGUUUGGCAGGAUACUACCGAAGGUUCGUAGAAGGGUUCUCCAAGAUAGCGAGACCAAUGACCCAACAACUCAAGAAGGGAGUCAAGGUAAAUUGGACCCCGGAGUAUAAAGCAAGCUUUCAACUCUUAAAGGAGAAAUUGACCACCGCACCAGUGUUAGCUGUGCCAGAGCCUGGAGUAAACUACGUAGUCUACACCGACGCUUCGAAGGUUGGACUAGGAUGCGUGUUGAUGCAAAACAACAAAGUGAUCGCCUAA